CCCCCGGCCGUGACAGACAGCUCCGGCGGCGCGCUCGGCCCGGGGAGGCGGCGAUGCGAUGCGGCGCCGCCGCCGCCAUCCCGGCGCAGCCCGCGGCGUGCCCUGCCUGCCGGCAGCCGGCGGCCGCCCCUAAGCCGCGCUGCGGGCGGAGGGGUAGGGGCGGCUGCGGAGGUUUCCUCCUCCUCCUUCUUCCCGGCUCGCCGCAUGAGGAGAGGCGUUAAGUAGCGCCAGCGCCGCGGCGGCCGCCACCACUGCCCGCUCGGCGGCGGCGGCGGCGGCGGCGGUGGCGGUGGGGCCGCCUGGCCGGCGGUGGAAAGAUGGCGAGCGACUCCCCGGCGCGGAGCCUGGACGAGAUCGACCUCUCGGCGCUGCGGGAUCCUGCAGGAAUCUUUGAACUGGUGGAGCUUGUUGGCAAUGGUACCUAUGGGCAGGUCUAUAAGGGUCGUCAUGUUAAAACAGGCCAGCUUGCUGCGAUUAAGGUUAUGGACGUCACCGGGGAUGAAGAGGAAGAGAUCAAACAAGAAAUUAACAUGCUGAAGAAGUAUUCUCACCACCGAAAUAUCGCUACUUAUUAUGGUGCUUUUAUUAAAAAGAACCCACCAGGAAUGGAUGAUCAGCUCUGGCUGGUGAUGGAGUUCUGCGGCGCGGGCUCCGUCACCGACCUCAUCAAGAACACGAAGGGGAACACUUUGAAGGAGGAGUGGAUCGCCUACAUCUGCAGAGAGAUUUUACGGGGCUUGAGUCAUCUACACCAGCACAAAGUAAUUCAUCGAGACAUCAAGGGACAGAAUGUAUUGCUGACGGAAAACGCAGAAGUUAAACUAGUGGAUUUUGGUGUCAGUGCUCAGCUGGACAGAACGGUGGGCAGGAGAAACACCUUCAUUGGAACGCCUUACUGGAUGGCCCCCGAGGUCAUUGCCUGCGAUGAAAAUCCCGAUGCCACUUACGACUUCAAGAGCGACUUGUGGUCUUUGGGGAUAACGGCCAUCGAGAUGGCGGAAGGCGCUCCCCCUCUGUGUGACAUGCAUCCCAUGAGAGCACUCUUCCUCAUCCCCCGCAACCCGGCCCCGAGGUUGAAAUCAAAGAAGUGGUCUAAAAAGUUUCAGUCCUUCAUUGAGAGCUGCCUAGUGAAGAACCACAGCCAGAGACCAACCACGGAGCAGCUGAUGAAGCAUCCCUUCAUCCGUGACCAGCCCAACGAAAGGCAGGUCCGCAUCCAGCUCAAGGAUCACAUCGACAGGACUAAGAAGAAGCGAGGCGAGAAAGAUGAGACAGAGUACGAGUACAGUGGAAGUGAGGAGGAGGAGGAGGAAAAUGACUCCGGAGAGCCCAGCUCCAUCCUAAACCUGCCCGGGGAGUCAACACUGAGACGGGAUUUCUUGAGGCUGCAGCUGGCAAACAAGGAGCGGUCGGAAGCGCUGCGCCGGCAGCAGCUGGAGCAGCAGCAGCGGGAGAACGAGGAGCACAAGCGGCAGUUGCUGGCCGAGCGGCAGAAGCGGAUCGAGGAGCAGAAGGAGCAGAGGCGAAGGCUGGAGGAGCAGAGGCGGGAGAAGGAGCUGCGGAAGCAGCAGGAGCGGGAGCAGCGGCGGCACUACGAGGAACAGAUGCGGCGGGAGGAGGAGCGGCGGCGUGCGGAGCACGAGCAGGAGUACAUCAGGCGACAGUUAGAGGAGGAGCAGAGACAGUUAGAGAUCCUGCAGCAGCAGUUGUUGCAGGAGCAAGCACUACUUCUGGAGUAUAAGCGCAAGCAGCUGGAGGAGCAGCGGCAAGCGGAGAGGCUGCAGAGGCAGCUCCAGCAGGAGCGGGACUACCUGGUCUCCCUGCAGCAGCAGCAGCAGCAGCAGCGGCAGGACCAGAGGCCGGCAGAGAAGAAACCCCUCUACCAUUACAAAGAAGGGAUAAAUGCCAGCGAGAAACCAGCGUGGGCCAAGGAGGUGGAGGAGCGCUCCCGGCUCAAUCGCCAGAGCUCGCCGGCCAUGCCCCAUAAGGUGGCCAACAGGAUUUCUGACCCCAACCUGCCUCCUCGGUCGGAGUCUUUCAGCAUUAGCGGCGUGCAGCCGGCCCGGACCCCUCCCCUGCUCCGACCUGUGGACCCGCAGAUUCCACAUCUGGUCACUGUGAAAUCCCAAGGAAGCUCCUUGUCUGGGUCUCAGUCACUGCAUGAACAGCCUGCAAAGGGACUGGCUGGGUUUCAGGAGGCUCUGACGGUGACCUCUCACCGCACUGAGAUGCCAAGGCAGAACUCGGACCCCACCUCAGAAAACCCUCCUCUGCCCCCUCGCAUUGAAAAGUUUGACCGAAGUUCUUGGUUACGGCAGGAGGAAGACAUUCCACCAAAGGUGCCUCAACGAACCACUUCCAUAUCCCCUGCUCUGGCGAGGAAGAACUCCCCGGGCAACGGCAGCGCCCUGGGGCCCCGGCUGGGCUCCCAGCCCAUUCGGGCAAGCAACCCGGACCUGAGGAGGACGGAGCCCAUCGUGGAGAGCCCGCUGCAGAGGACCAGCAGCGGCAGCUCCUCCAGCUCCAGCACUCCCAGCUCCCAGCCCAGCUCCCAGGGCGGCUCCCAGCCCGGCUCCCAGGCUGGCUCCAGCGAGCGCAACAGAGUCAGAGGGAACGCCAAGCCCGAAGGGUCCCCCGUGCUCUCCCAUGAGCCCGCCAAGGUAAAGCAGGAAGACAACAGGGACGUGACACGACCGAGCCGACCUGCUAGCUAUAAGAAAGCUAUAGAUGAGGGAGAAAUGGAUCUGACGGCCUUAGCCAAAGAGUUGAGGGAGCUGCGCAUCGAAGAAACCAAUCGUCCCCUGAAGAAGGUGACGGACUACUCCUCCUCCAGCGAGGAGUCAGAAAGCAGCGAGGAGGAGGAGGAGGAUGGCGAAAACGAGACGCAUGACGGGACCGUGCCUGUCAGUGACAUCCCACGGCUUAUACCAACAGGAAUUCCUGGAAGCAAUGAGCCGUACAACCUGGGAAUGGUGACAACCCACGGGCUAGAGACUUCCCAUGCAGAUACGUUUAGCAAUAUUUCAAGGGAAGGGACUUUAAUGGUGAGGGAGACCUCUGGUGAAAAAAAGCGUUCUGGCCACGCAGCCAGCAAUGGCUUUGCAGGUCACAUCAAUCUCCCUGACCUGGUGCAGCAAAGCCACUCGCCUGCGGGCACGCCGACCGAGGCCCUGGGGCGAGUCUCCACGCAUGUGCAGGACAUGGACUCGGUGCCUGAAUAUGGUAUGGGAAGUAGCACCAAAGCCUCUUUCACUCCCUUUGUGGACACCAGAGUGUACCAGACCUCGCCUACUGAUGAAGAUGAAGAUGAGGAUGAAGAGUCGUCUGCUACUGCCCUGUUCACCAGCGAGCUGCUCAGACAGGAGCAGGCCAAGCUGAACGAAGCCCGGAAGAUCUCGGUGGUGAACGUCAACCCCACCAACAUCCGUCCCCACAGCGACACCCCGGAGAUACGGAAAUACAAGAAGCGCUUCAACUCGGAGAUACUCUGCGCUGCUUUAUGGGGUGUCAAUCUGCUGGUGGGCACAGAAAAUGGUCUGAUGCUGCUGGAUCGAAGCGGGCAAGGGAAGGUCUACAACCUCAUCAACAGACGGCGAUUUCAACAGAUGGACGUACUCGAGGGCCUUAAUGUCCUCGUGACAAUAUCAGGAAAGAAGAACAAGCUGCGCGUGUACUAUCUCUCCUGGCUGAGAAACAGGAUUUUACACAAUGACCCUGAAGUGGAGAAGAAGCAGGGCUGGAUCACGGUCGGAGACCUGGAGGGAUGCAUCCACUACAAAGUCGUGAAAUAUGAAAGAAUCAAGUUCUUGGUGAUUGCCUUAAAGAAUGCUGUAGAGAUCUACGCUUGGGCUCCUAAACCAUAUCACAAGUUUAUGGCAUUUAAGUCUUUUGCAGAUCUCCAGCACAAGCCGUUGCUCGUGGAUCUGACUGUAGAAGAGGGUCAGAGACUCAAGGUUAUCUUUGGAUCACACACUGGUUUCCAUGUGAUUGAUGUAGAUUCUGGGAACUCUUAUGAUAUCUAUAUACCAUCUCACAUUCAGGGCAAUAUUACUCCUCACGCCAUUGUCAUCCUGCCUAAAACAGACGGGAUGGAGAUGCUUGUGUGCUACGAGGAUGAAGGCGUAUAUGUGAACACCUAUGGACGGAUAACUAAAGAUGUGGUGCUCCAGUGGGGAGAAAUGCCUACUUCCGUGGCCUACAUUCAUUCCAAUCAAAUAAUGGGCUGGGGAGAGAAAGCUAUUGAAAUUCGGUCAGUGGAGACGGGACAUUUGGAUGGAGUAUUUAUGCACAAGCGAGCUCAAAGGUUAAAGUUUCUAUGUGAAAGAAAUGAUAAGGUAUUUUUUGCAUCGGUGAGAUCCGGAGGAAGCAGCCAAGUGUUUUUCAUGACUCUCAACAGAAACUCCAUGAUGAACUGGUAACAGAGGAGCACUUGGCACUCACCGCCAUGGCAUUAUUUCUAAUUUAAAGGACAUUAAACACGUGGACUAACACUGUAGAGGCAGAUGCGGAGGGUGCCGAGGAACACCGCUCCCCACGCUCCCCCGGCACCGUCAGCCCCGGGGCGGGGGCUGCGGGCAGGGAUGGACUUUCGCGCUUGGACCCCCCGAGGUCUCCUGAUUACGCUGUGUUAUAGUGGGUUAUGAGUUUUCCUUUAUUUUAUUUUAUUUUUUUUUAAUUUUACUUUUUCUUUGUCCCCUACUUUGUAAGAACGGGGAAAGAAACAGUGUCAAAAAGUCUGUUUUUAAUUCUGUCUGCCUGCUAGCAUCAAAUAUAUAGUAUGUUGUAAAGUUACCAAUUAAAUCUGGUGAGAGACAGCACAAUAAAUGUACCUUUUAUCUUUGUGAUGAAGGCCAUAACCAUAUAGCUGGGUAAUUUUAGAAAUCUUUUGCCUUCACCAACAUUUACAUGUUGCUUUUGGCAGCAACGGCUUAACGGAUUUUUAAAGAAGAGAAAAAAUAAUAGGUUUUUUUCCCCUCUUUUGGGAAAUGGAUUUUAAAUGGCUAAACUACUAGCCUUAGACUAAUAAAAAUCAGCUACCAUUUUUGUCAAGUCUGUCAAUCCAUAUUUCUAUAUGGAUCUUCACAUAAUGGUGUGUCUUGAUAGGGACAGAGGUGCCGUUUGUUGUUGCUCCGGAGGUGCCCGCCCGCCCCGGGGUUUGGCCGCGGGCGCCGGGACGGGGGGAUCGGAGGAGGAGAGGACGGCGGAGCGCCCGGAGCAGCCCCGCGCUCGGCCCCGAGGCGGGAUUCGCGCCCGCAGACGGUGGCUCUCGGGAUGCCGCCGGCGCCGGACCCCGAUGCCGAAGCCGGGGCGAGCCGUUGGGCGCUCGCGCCCCCUCCCCGAUCCCAAACCCGGAGCCGGGCGCCGGUGUGCGGAGGCAACCGGCGCGGGGACGGGGACCGUGAAACGAGCUGCCCGUCCCCCGCGUUGUUGGAUUGGGCUUGUAAAGAGCUUAAAAAAAAAUAUAUAUGUGUGUGGUUUCUUCGGCCGAGGGUCUGAAUCUCUACUCGUUUUCCGCCCCCUCCGCUCCCUAGGAAUUACCCAACAUACAGUGAAAGAGAACAUCUGUGCCGAACCGUGUGUGUGUGUUUAGUUCAGGUUGAAUCGUGUCCUUAUAAACUCUGCUCAGUUGAUUUCCAUUUUCGGUGCGUAUCUGGGGUUUUCUUUCUCAGUAGCUGCAAGCAUGGCCGCCUGUGGUGUUGGGGUGUCGCAUAACAAGGUCUGUGUUGCUGGUUUUAACCUACCUCGUUUCGGUUGGGGUUCGUUUUUUGGUUUGGUUUCUUUUUUUUUUUUUCUUUUUUUUUUUUUUUUCCCCGUUCCGCUGUCGAUCACAGCUCUGUUACCUCCAGCGACAUAUAGAGAGCUUAACUGGCAAUCUUGGUGUACUCAGUAACGAUGGCUUUAUUAAAAAAUGAUUAAAUCAA